CAUGCGCAGACCCUGUGCAGGUUACACGAGUUUAUUUUCAGGCUUGUGCUUUGAGACGGAUUGAGGAGGUGUACCUAGCUUAGCGCUCAUUAAAUAAUGUAGUUCCUGUGUUUUCAGAUUUGAAGGAUAGAUUUGAAAAAGCUCCAAAGUAUCCAGCUUUUGUUCGUGACAUGUCGCUACGUGGUUUGUCAAUAUUUCCAGGCGGCGACGGACUGACCAAGCCAGGCUAGCCAAGCUAACCAGCCAUCAGCUAACACCGUUAGCCUCUUCGCUUUCUUGACAGAGCGCAGAGUGGCGUUGACGCAGUAUUUAAUCAAAUCUGUCUUCGUUUUCCGAACUACGAGAAGUAUCCACUGCUACACUUUAAAAAAAAGAGUAACACUUAAAUGCAAAGACUAAGCGAUGAGUCUUAGCUAACAUUAGCUACUUUUGUGCGCUUUCUGUUGCUUUGUGAGAGUUAUUGGACUCGUAUAAUAUUUUUUCCGGGUCUAGUUUGUCCAUAACAAUCAAACUGUAGUAAAUCUGUGCUGAAAUGCAGCAUUGAAGCCCGUUUUUUGUGUAAUUGGGAACCCUUUUUGCAACGCAGCGGUCAUAUUGUUUUGGCCGACAUGGCAGCCAGCGGAUACUCUGACCUCAGGGAGAAGCUGAAGUCCAUGACUCCGCACCGGGAUGACUAUGGGAACAAAAUCCGGGCGAGUAACGGCAGCGGGAAGGGUCGCAAACGGAAGUAUAGAGAGUCGGAAGACGAUGAAUACGAGCACAGCGAUGACAGUGCUGACCUCCGGGAGCAAGAGGCCCGCCGGGUGCGGAGCAGCGUCUUACAGUUGAGCAUCUUCACCCCAGAGGAGUGCGCCCGCAUCGAGGAGAAAAUCGACGAGGUGGUCGCCAAAGCAGAAGCUGGACUGUACCGGGAGCACACAGUGGACAGAGCGCCUCUCCGCAACAAGUACUUCUUCGGGGAGGGGUACACAUACGGAGCUCAGCUGGAGAGACGCGGGCCGGGCCAAGAGCGGCUGUACCGCAAAGGAGAGGUUGACGAGAUCCCGAGCUGGGUUCAUGAGCUGGUGAUCAAGCGACUGGUGUCCAACGGGGUGAUUCCCGAGGGUUUCGUCAACAGUGCGGUGAUCAAUGAUUAUCAGCCAGGGGGAUGCAUUGUGUCCCACGUGGAUCCCAUGCACAUCUUCGCACGGCCCAUCGUCUCCGUGUCCUUCUUCAGUGACAGCGCGCUCUGCUUUGGCUGCCGCUUCCAGUUCAAACCGAUCCGGGUGUCAGAACCGGUGUUUGUCCUGCCUGUGAUGAGAGGGAGUGUCACAGUACUGAGUGGCUAUGCUGCUGAUGACAUUACUCAUUGCAUCAGGCCUCAGGACAUCAAGGAGAGACGUGCAGUAAUCAUCCUCAGAAAAACUAAACCGGAUGCCCCCCGGCUGGACUCUGAUAGCCCUUUAAGUCCAUCUCCUGCCCAGAGACCUGCACCUCUAAAAGCCAAGCGCUCUCAUCGAAAAGCAGAUCCGGAUGCUGCUCACAGGCCGAGGGUUCUGGAGAUGGAUAAAGAGGAGAACAGACAUCCUUCGUUGUCCCGGCAUCGCCGCCACAGCGUCAGCUCUGAGAACUACCGGAGGCGUGAUGAAGACCACGACAAACACCAGGAGAGCUCAGGGCGAAAAGUCAAAAUGAGACGUCACUGAUCGCCUCUUUGACAUGCACGUUCACAUACUAAAAUAUCCCUUCUCCUUUAUGUAUGUCAGUAUUGUAACUUCAUUUGAUCAAUCAUUAUUUUAAUGGUCCAGUUUAUUCUGGCGCAAGAAUCACAGUUAGGUUUCAGUUUUAAUUUGAGUCUAGAAAUGCUUGAGUGUACAUUUGUUUUGCUGGCAGACAAAACUGGCUUUUCUGCUGCUUAUAAUAAACCUCAGCUUACUCACUACAGUAAGAGUCUGUUGUUUAACAGUUCAGUUAGUUUAAAUUAAACAUUUCUUUGUGUUAAUAGAGGAUCAGACAAGGCAUGUAUUUUUUUCUACCUUGAGAACCGAAGAGAUGAUGUAUGUAUGGACUUGUACAAAAGCAAACACAAGCUUUAAUCUAACUUCAUAAUGUACAAUACGUUAAUGUACAGUCUUUAUUUGGGGGGUUGCUAUGGAGACUGAUUCUUUGUUUUUUUUGUGUCCUCCACAUCUGCAUUUCAAAUCCGUUACCUUUGGUCCAUCUCAGAUCUUCACAUUAAGCUCCAAAUUGCAGUUUUAAGUUGCGGCAUCUGACACCCAUUUUGACCCAUUUUGGUGGAGGUGGUACUGGAGCUAAACGAGUGCUUUGUGGAGGGCAGACACGCUUCACCCUCUUGUCUCAGUAUACGGUUGCUGUAUACUUUAUGACAUGAGCCAGGUCAUUCCUGUUCCUUAAUAAAUCCACUUUUUCCUCA